CGAGGGCAGCCGCACGUCGACUCGCCCGGCAAUGUCGUGGUGGAUAUCUACCUCGGCAUCACAACCGUUCUUGCGCUGUUCCUCGCAGGCAUGUUGGCCGCCUAUCUGCGCUCGGCGCCCAACGGCCCCUCGGCACACGGCUUCACGACGCUGGCGCGACGAGCGAUGCAGAGCGGCGGGCUCAAGGGCGUGAUGGCCAUCGGCACACUUGGGCUUCACGUCGGUCUCUCCUCUCCCGUCUGGGUCGGAGCACUCACUGUCACAGGCGUCACGUACGCCUGCUGCAUCAUCGGCAACCUCAACGCCCGCCAUUCGCUACGCUCGGCUCUGCAAGCCACGCUGACAGAGGUGUCGCGCACCGAGGCCUCGGCUGGCCCGACAUGGGCUCAAGUCUCGGACCUCGUCAACGCAGCUCAACGCGCCUCGGCCCCUCAGACGCCAAUCUCACUCUACGCUCCGAAGCUCCAGCUCGUCUGCAGCACGCCUGAGCCGGCGCAAGGCGCGGGGUCGCUGCCGCAGACGCCCCAGCCGAGUCUGCUGCACCGCCGUCGUCGCACAAGUAUCGACCUCGAGCUCGAGGAGGUCGUCACGGGCGACGAGACGCAGGGCCACGGUCUCGGAGGCAUGCCGCACUCGCCUCGUUUCCUGGGCUCGCUGCUGCGUCGCUGCGCAGACCCCUCGCCGCGCAGCGCCUCGUUUGCUGGAGACGCUGCAACCUCAAACGGCGGGGCCUCACCGUCGCCGAGGAACAGCACAUUUGGCCUCUCGCGCUCGCGUGCAACUUCGAUGGCGGGACAUGGGAACGCAGAAGCGAUCUCUCCGACGAACCCCACACACCAAUAGGACGCCGAGCGCUGCGCGAGUCCGACUUAUGACACGGCGUCCUUCACGACGUGCGAGAUGCCUUCGAUGUCGCACCAGCACA